UCCCAGCUCGUUAUCUAUGUAAUUCUAGUCGAAUGAGUUAGCUCUUAUCUUAAUUCGAUAACCAUCUUUCGGUUUCUUCUACAAAGUUUCUCUAGUCCAAGAAUCAGAACUAGUUAGUCGAGAGUAUUUUUUUCGGGAAAAAAGUAAUAUGAAGUCCCUUUUUCACUCGCUAAUAUAGUGUUUUAGGGAGAUGUCUACUGUAUCGCCAUCGGAAUCCUCGCGGCUAAAAAACUCAGAACAUAUCUCCUUGACAUGGCCCGACGACUACGUGUCAGUUGAUCCGGGAGACUUCUUCCAGGAAGAGAGUAACGACCCAGAUUGGUCGGACAAAAAGAAGCGCAUCCUCUUUCGCCCUCAAGUCACCGUCAACGUCUUCAACACAGGCGACUCGAACUCGAACGCGGGAGGUUCCGGCGCCGGCGGUGCAGCGCCCGUAUAUAACAACGGUAGCGGGCAUGGCGACAACGGCGGUGAGGAUGCGGUUCCGAACUUUGCGACCCAGCUCGCCGCUCUGACCAAGAAAGUCGACCAACUCGCUUCUGCGAAGACGACGCCCAUAAUCGACAGCGGGGCGUGGAACACGAUGGAAGUUCGACCCUGGAACCGACCCGAGAGCUCGACACAGGCGCGCAUUAACUUCAUAGAGAAGUUCGCCUCGGUGCCGAUGGUGGCCGUGAGCUUAAACAUGGCUGAUGUGCAGCACUCGUCCAACUUCAGGGUUAAGGUAUACGCCACGGCCGUGGAUGUGAAUGGUUUCACUAUCAAGGCCGAGAGCUGGUCCGAUACGACCCUUUACUGUUGCGGCGUAACCUGGAUAGCGAUAGGCACCCGAUAGAAGGCCUUGUAGUGUAAUGCAGAUCUAGAAGCUACGGAGUAAGAAUUUUAAAAUUGGGUUCCCUCGUUGAAGUGUAAGGCUCUACCUAGUUGAAUUGAAUCGAAUAAUUUCUAAGUGUUCUCCAAGAAUCUUGAUGGUAUCUCGAAAAUGACUUAGAGUACACGAGACAGAUACUAGAUUAAGUACCUAGGUAUUUAAAUACGCAAGAAAAUUAGGAUAGCGACACAGCGUGAAAGGCACC